UCCAUAUUAUUUUCCCGUUUGUGCGUUUGGCUAUUUGCUAUUGUAUUCUUUCAUUCUCGAUUUUUUGGAUGUUUUUUGGCUCAGGUUUGAAUUAAUGUAAAAAACAAUCUCAUGCACUUUACAAAGCAUGACUUUUUCAUCCGAUUUACUCUAAAGGAUGCUUCAAACAUGUAUGGAAGAGUACAUAUUUAAUAUUUUCCACCCAAAG